AUGCUAGGUAGGUGGCAUUUUCCAAUGUGAAUUACAAAUCGAUGUUCACACAGAAAGGAGCUGCAAGCUUGAGCAUUUUGGGACACAUAAAAUUAGCUAAAUUUGCAAACUACGUCUUGUCGACUUUUACAUAGCUAGCCUAGAUAAUGUUUCUGCAUGCACUGCCUGGACGUGUAACCCUUUUUCAGGUUAUAGAGUUAGCAAAUAGCUAUCUAGUUAAAUGUUAACUGUUCAAAUAGUCUUUGUUGUUGACAAUGACCUGACAUGACAGCACGCAAGGUAGAUAACGUUAGCAGUUAUUUAUUUUGACAACAUGACAAUCAUAAUAACGCUUUUCUUGACAGUUGCAUUCCUAAUUUGACCCAUUUGGCAGUUGUUUUUAGCUCUAAAACACCAUCUCUGAUGUGACAUGGAUGGAAUUAUUAGCAAAUAAAUGACUGCUGGAAUGUUCUAUUCCAAUGAGUUGUUGUCAUGUGCAUUAGAACCAACCAUACCAUAUGUUGUAUAGUCAAAUACCUGUCUCAUAUUUGCCAACCAAUUCACAGUGGUGCUGAUUUGCAGUCUCAACCCCAACCAGGUAUUGUGUAACUGAGGCGUGUUUGGUUCUAAUCAGUUUAAUGGUUGGGCAGAUUAAGGCCAAACAGUGGAAUGAUGUGGGAAAGAACUACUGGCUCUUGUAUAGUCCAAUGACCCUAGGGCGAAAGCAGUCAGCCUAAUUUCACCAGUUAACCACCGCUGAGACUGUAGCUAUAUCAGACACGCUUGCUUUAACAUUGAGGCAAGGCUGCACAUCAGCUGAUUUGAUAGUGGCUUUGUCUGUGUGUGGGUGUGGUGUGCAUUGCUCUACUGGUGUCUGUUUCCUCUGACGUGUAAAUUGUUUAUUUAAGGGCCUUGUUAUUCCCAUCUGUGGAAGGCUUGCUGAGCUGUAAAUUGUGAGAGGAGAUGAAAAAUCUCUUGAGUGGUCCGUGUCUAGUGCAGUGCAUCAGUCAUGAUUUUCAAUCUCUCCUCUCUCUCUCUCUCUCUCUCUCUCUCUCUCUCUCUCUCUGCACAGAGUGUGUGUCAUGGUGGUGUGAUCCUGUGUGUCUCCUCUGUGCCAUGGAGAAGCCGUGGAGGCUGUGGGGCUCGGUGGAGCGCUGUGCCCUGGCCUUGGCCUCCUGGUCCUGGGGUGCCUGUCGCAUCUCCCUCCUGGCCCUCAUCCUCACCUUCCACCUCUACGGAGGCUUUUUUCUCUUGGCUCUCAUCCUGGCCUCGGUGGCCGCCAUCCUCUACAAGUUCCAGGACGUGCUGCUCUAUUUCCCCGACCAGCCCUCCUCCUCCCGGCUCUACGUAGCCACGCCCACAGGCAUCCCCCAUGAGAACGUCUACAUCCGCACCAAGGACGGCGUGCGCCUCAACCUUAUCCUGCUCCGCUACACCGGCGGAGACAGCCUUGACAACCCCGGGGUCGCCCCCGGCAAUGCAUCUAACCCUGCCUCCAAGGCCCCGCCCACCAUCCUUUAUUUCCAUGGCAACGCGGGCAACAUCGGGCACCGGGUGCCCAACGCUCUGCUGAUGCUGGUGAACCUGAAGGCCAACGUGGUGCUGAUGGACUACCGGGGGUAUGGGAAGAGCGAAGGUGAGCCCAGUGAGGACGGCCUGUGCCUGGAUGCCCAGGCCACGCUGGACUAUGUGAUGACCCGGCCCGACCUGGACAAGACCAAGGUGAUGCUGUUCGGCCGCUCUCUGGGGGGCGCGGUGGCGGUGCGCCUGGCCUCGGCCAACCCUCAUCGGGUGGCAGCCAUCGUGGUGGAGAAUACCUUCCUCAGCAUCCCGCACAUGGCAGCCACGCUUUUCUCCUUCCUGCCCAUGAGGCUACUGCCCCUGUGGUUCUACCGGAACCAGUUCCUGUCCUACAGACAGGUGCCGCUGUGCCGGAUGCCCUCGCUGUUCGUGUCGGGCCUAUCGGACCAGCUCAUCCCGCCUGUCAUGAUGAAGCAACUUUACGAGCUGUCGCCGGCACGGACUAAACGGCUGGCCAUCUUCUCUGAGGGCACGCAUAACGACACGUGGCAGUGCCAGGGCUACUUCGCCGCCCUGGAGCAGUUUGUCAAGGACCUGAUGAAUAGCCACACCCGUGAGGAGAGUGUCCAGUCCACAGCCAGCGUCACCAUCAUCUAAUCUAGAGAGAGGAAGAGGGUGGGUGUGGUCUAGAGAAAACCCUACAGUCCAUACUCCCUAGUCACUUGUUUAGAUCAGAUACCAUUGAAGAGGUGUAAUAAGCAAUAUGGUAAAAGCUAGGGCAAGGUGCAGCCAACCGCUACCAUAUUGCUUAUACCUGUCCAGUUCUUUAUGAUCUAC